AUGGAGAGCAAGUGGGAAUCUGAGGUCCAGGAGCUGAUUAGGCGGUCGAAUUUCAGACAAUGCUUCGAGCAAUUGACCGUGCUGCGGAAACGGUACCCGAAGUCUGCCUUCUUGGAGUUGCUCGAGCUGUACGCGAAGUACCGGCAGUCGCCAGCGGCGUUCGAUUACAAGGCGCUGAUUGUGGAACCUUACUGUAGGGACAAGCGCAGUCCGCGGGUCACGGGCGACCUGCAUGCAUUGGAUCUUUUGCAUCGGUUCCUCGUCGAAUUGGGCCAGUUCGAUGACGCAUUGCACGCCGUGGAGCUUGCGCAUCUCAAGUUUAACCGUCUGGACUUGACGUACGACCUGUUUGUCAAGUCCAUCGAGGACGCGGACUUCCCGCGGAUGGCACGCGCUACGUCGAGUCUGCCGGGACGCACGCCGCGGGACACUGCCGACUACGAGACGAGGACCCGCGCGUACCAUUUCUGGAACGCGAUUGCCACACUGGCUACGUUUAUGCACCAGCGGUCGCGGUUAUCCGAACAGGAACUGAAGGUACUGCCAAAGUUGUGCUACCAGCGGCUGUCGCAAUUGAAGCCACACAGCACGAUCCAGGAGGCGAUCGUCUACUGUCUUGUGUGCGAGCGGUUGCUCCCAAAUGACAACGCCAGCAAGUCUGCGGAGAUCGUCGAGACGAUUAUGCCACACUUGCAAGUCUCUGUCGAUCUGUACUUGAAGAACUUUAUGGUGGAGCACGUCAAGGAUCCGCAGGUGAUGUUUGACAGCUGUGCGAAGAUGCUUAGCGAGUUCGACGACUACAAACUUAUCGGUAAACUGAUCGAGAGCGGGCAACAAUUGGGCAAGACGAAACAAGAAAUAAGGGACCUUGUGAGGGACCGUGUCGGAGAUUCCCGGAAUUGCCGUCUAUCAGGGUUCGAAGUAGACCUGUGUUUCGACAAGAGAGUCUCUGCAGGGUCCCUAAGACACUACUUGGCCAAAUUCCACAACAAACCGUGCUGCGCGAUCGAUAUCGAGCAUUACCGGGAGCACUUGGAUACCCCAUUGCUACAGGAGGCGAUGGACGAGUUGGAAGCGGAUCUGAUCCAUGACUCGAACUGUUUCCAGCUCCAGUUGACCCCACAACAGGACGCAGUUGCCCUGUACAAGAAGCACGAGCACACUUUGCAGGGGAAGCCGGCCACGGACUACUCCAGUCUGUCCACUUUCAUCGUCUCCAUGGUCAGAGAGACUCUACGUGGGGGCGGUUCGUCGUCGCCGUUGCAAAACAUCCUCACAAGUUUGUCCAUAUUGGAGAACUUCCAGUUACGGGACCCACAUAACUUUGACACGGGCGUCUGGAUAAUUGCGCUGUACAUGCAGCUUGGUCUGACUCCCUUAGCGGUGCCCUGCUAUACGGAUUUGAAGAUCAAAAACGUGCAAAGCGACUCGAUGGACUACACGCUGUUCACGCGGUACAACUCGAUCUUCCCCGCGAAGCAGCACGAUUAUAUGCUACGGGUGCUCCCUGAGCACGACCGGCUGUACAGUAGCUCGAUGGAGCGGUUACCUCAGUUCAUCCGCAUUGCAUUUGAGAGAGGGUCGUACAGUAAGAUUCUCGGGAUGUUCGAGUUAAGGAGGAAGUUGACCCACUCGAUGAACCGGUGGAUGCGGAUGGUGAGCAAAUUGCAGAUGGCAAGACUUUGCAACGACAAGCGCACGCAGCAGUUGCAAGUGCUGCACCAAAUGUGGGCACAGUUGGGCGCGGAGAAAGAGAUCUUGGAUAACAGAGACCUCACCGUUUUCAAGACACACGGCGAAUGCACUCCAGAAGAACAAUUAUCGUAUUUGCGCUGUUCCCAAGACUGGAUCCUGUUGAGCUGUUCCCAAGAGUUCAUGAUCGAGUCCAUCACUAGUGGGACCCGAUCCUUUGAAGUAGACGAGUUAUGGACCAAACUAGCGUUGUCCGACGAUCUCGAUGGCGCGCUCUCUGCGGCAGGGUUUACCCAGUGGGAGGCGCUCUCCUUGAAGGUAGUGCAUGCCCUGUACGAGAACCGUAUGGCCGCCGUUCCGCAGCUUCUAGCGAGUUUCACGAGGGGGUCCCUCGACGAACCCUGGACGGUCCCCCAUGCGUACUUGACGCAGUUGACGCUCUUGAAGACUUUGGACGGCUGCAAGCGGAUUUGUGACGCAGAGGCAAAGGCCGCUAUCAAGAAACAACUACGUUUGCUACGGGAAUCCUGCGACGAUCAGUUCGCAAGCUACAAGGCGGCGCUCGCUGCCGAGUGUGCACAGACAGCUUCGUCCCCUCUGCUGUCACAAUUGGGGUUCCCAGUGCUCGAUUCGGGCCCGCUCACCGCCGCUACGACCACGGUCCACAAGGCUGUCCGCAACCUAUGA